UUCAAAUCCUUCCUCGCGCGAGCUCUCUUCCUAGCGACGCUCCAUGGUUACGAGCGGCAGGAAGCGCGCUCACGGUGGCGCACUGGGAACAACAACAACAACAACAACAACAUGAACGCGGAGCCUCCGGAGAGAGUGGAGGCAUCUCUUCAGCUGCCGGCGGAUAAAGAUGGGAGUCGGACAGUUGGACAAUCCUCCAUGAAUCAGCAGGGACCUCGAAGUCUUCCUGCAGCCGGACAGGACCAGUGGCAGCGCAGACGGGAAACAGAUGAUUGGGAGCCUCUACAGCCCAGUGGACGCUCUUUGCAGCUGGAAUUUCAGGACAGUAACUUGUCUCCAGCUCUUUUCCUCUUGCCUGGAAACUCUCGAGUGGAACGCAACUUUACUGAAUAUUCUUUAUUCCAACAAAGUGACCAUGAAUUUGCUCCUUUAAGGGCGUACCCUGACAUGUCCAUGGCGUCGGAGAGAUUCCACUUGCCGCCCCAGGAUCGCACCACUCAGGCGUCUGAGCGUGGCUCACUGUCCCAGCACCCGUUGGCCCAUGCAACCAUCCUUUCUGAAGAAGGAACGAGCAGCUGCUGCUCUCUGUCCCAGCACAGUAUGCCACCAGGGGACGAAAGCAGACGAGAGGAAAUGAUUCACUCCCGACUGACUGACCUGCAGGCAUCUAGAGAUGAUGGUGGUGGCAGAGAGAAGGACUCUGAGACACUAACUGACCUUAAAAACAAGCUCGCAGCUGUAGACGAUGACACCUUCUUUCUGAGUAAGGACAUCCCUGCCCAGCAUCUUCUGGACAUCCUUCAGAAAGAGGUUGGCAUGCUGAGCAGCAGUAGUAGUGCGCUGUCCUCUGCCUCUGAGAUGUCUGUCAAGAGCAUUACAUCUUUUGUCCAAGAGUCUAAAAGCUUGAAAAUUUCCAAACCAGGAAUUCCCCAAAGCUUGGCUAGAAGAGAAGGUCCACCUGGUGAAGCUUCUCUGCCCCAGCAGCAGACGCAGCAACCUGACCCGUCACAAACGCUGUCAUCUGAGGUCGGUAACAUCACCAUGGGUUCCCGCAGCACGCAACCUGAUGACAGCAGUGAAGUGUUGUACAGGGAGCUGCUGUCUGAGGCUGAGGGGAACCGCAGCAGAGAAGCUGGAGCUAAAAACCAACAGCAGAAAAGUGCUUCACCACCUGCUCAGUUUCUUACAGAGACAUCCACUGGCAAGCCAAGUGUGACCCGAAAAAAUCUGAGUGACCUGCCAUGGACCGGGCCGUUUUCAUCCGGUGUGGAAAGGCUGCACAGAGAGCAAGACCUCUGGUCCUCAGGGAACCAAACAGGGAUCGAUGGGUCCUACCUGGGUUUCCUUCCACAGUCUCAGUCCACUCCAGGGGUUUUCAAGGCCCCACCCAAAUCCAACGUCAAGGCUACAUUAGGGAAACUGUCUGCCAUAGAAUCUGAUAAAGAAAGCUCGUAUCAAUCGAGGACUGGGAUCUCUCCACAGCCAGCUGUUCCUGAGCCUGACGUCCAUCGUCCAGACUCAGCAGAUCAGUGCCACGAGGAACAUACCUCUGCAAAAGUCCAGUCUCUUCCAAGUCUUAACUACAUUCAGAAAGUAGACGCUUGGAGGACGAAUCAGAGCUCUGGCAACCCGUCACUGUUUGACAGUCUGGCACUGCAAGGAUUUUCUGGCGUCUCUCCUAAAAAGAAAGCUUACGAGGCAGUGUCUGACUCCCUGAAUCGCAUCCUCAGUGAGCAGGUGCGGAGAUUACAGCAGCCUCCUGUUUCCAGUGCUCUCAACGAGAAUGUCACACAGGAAUCCUCAGCAGCUCCUUCUGGCUCCUCCUCUCCGAGAAGAGGGGAGGCGGUGGGCAGCGCGCCCAGUGACAAAGAUAUCACUGGGUCUGCAGCAAGACCCUCCAGCUCCCCCUUUGGCCGGUCGCAGUCCCACUCCUCUCUUAGCACAGUAGUCAUGUCGGCCCAGAAAGAAAAGAAUGAGACUCAGGACGAUGUUCAUCAUCAUCUUCACCAGCCGAGUGCCUCAGCUCAGCCCUCACCUCUCGUGAACCUCGGUCAGUUCAGCGACGUGUCAGUCGAUCGAGAUUUUACACUUUCAAGUUCCCAAGAUAGUUACAACAGUGGAGUUAAAUUAGGAACUUCUAUCGGAGCUUCUUCUGUCACGAGCCUGGAGGUGGAUAAUUAUGCCCCCUACUGGACUUCUAAACUGUUGUCAACAUCACCUCUGCCCGGACCUCGAGAAUUCAACAUCGAAGAACGAAUUCCGUUGUAUCUCCACAACCUGGGUAUCGACCAGUCUCCCUCAACGAUAUUAAAUCCUUUUGCACCCAGAGGGCCAAUCAGAGAACCUGAAUUCUCUCCCACUGAUCUCUGUACAAUUAAAGGAUCGAUUGGAACCCCGUCCAAGAGCACCCAACCCUCUGAAGGUGGCAGUCCCUAUAAAGGGGAGUUUUCCAGGUCUAGUAUUCGGUCAGUGGACUCUAGUAUUUCCAUUCCGUUCAGCAUGGACAGUCUUGGUCCGGCCGUAUCGAUCCCAGAGCCGACCAAGCGAGCAUCUCCUCCAUCUGAUGCUGAAGCUGUCCAGACUGAACGCAGACUGACACCAGCCUCCCAGCGUGAGGAGGAUUCCCACUCCUCCACAUUGCAUCUCAGCCAGCAGCAGCAGCAGCAACAGAAGGACGACACUCUAACCAGCAGUCAGAAUAUUUUCCUGCCAGGAGAGAGGUUUGACUCUGACCUCUCAUCGGUUACUCAGGCGAGGAGCGAGGAAAGAGAUUUGGAGUCUCCCUUGCAGACAAGUUGUAGUUUGGAUAAAAGUGCAGAGGAUUCUUUUGUUAGCUCUAAGGCCUUGUUGGAGAUCAAUAAACUGCUCUCUCAGUCGGAUAAAGUGGUGUCUGCUGGAGCUUCCUCAGCCUCCCCUGCAGCGCCCCGUCUGCUGCCUGACGAUGACUUAUUCCUCUCCUUCAGGAGGAAAACCAGUAAACUCCAGGACUCCUCGUUCUCCGGAGCUGAAGACCCCAGAACUCGUUCCUCCUCGCUGUGGGCCAGGUCAUCGUCUGAUUCCAUGCUUACCUCAGAAAAACCAAGGCAAAGCUCUUUAGGUCGAGAAAGCAUGACCUCCUCAUGGCAGCCUGAUUAUCCGUCCACACAGUCUCUCACUACUGCACCUGCUGCAGGUUCAACCCUUGUUCUCUCCAAACCAGCCAGACGGGCGGAGCCUGAAGGCUGCAGUGCUGCACCUCCCGACAAUAAAGUCCCAACACAACCACCAGUCAUCCAGUCUCCACCCGCUGUGAAUCCACAGCAGCUCAUCUCUACAUCGACAGAGACGGCGGCUGCACUCGAGGUGGAAGAAGAGCCUGCGCCUGGAGGUCCUGCACAGAGCAGCUCCUCGUCGCCCGCUCCUGACGACACAGAUCAGGGAGGGAUGAGUGACGGGAGCAGCGAGAGCUCACUGGCAGUCAGAGUGGCCAAGUUACUCCAGAGUGAGUCUCCAGCCACCAUGAUGUCCAGUACGCCCAGCAUGACUGAUCAAGAGGAGAGCAAAGCCAGAGAGUGGAUCAAACUGAAGGUGUCAGGUCAGCAGUGCGAGCCUCUGGAGUUGGACAUAGAAGAUAGAAGACGGAUUGAAGAGAUCAAGAAAGAGCUGCUGUUAAAAUAUCCCAUGAAGAGCCAGUUGAGUACAGAUACAGAGAGCAGUGCAGCGUCCAGUGUCCAGAGGAGACAAGAUCCACCUCAGUCUGCAGAGACGUUCACCCCCAACCAGCUGUCUCAGCCUCUGCAAGGCCUCAGAACGAACCUGUCUGACUCCAGCGUGCAGCUUAGAGACCCUCGUCGCCCAGACACUCUAGAAGCUCAAGUACAGAAGAUUGCUGCUCGAGAAGGAGUAACCCUGCCCAGAACAAACCCUCGGGCCCUCACGUCCAUCUCCAUCGCCACCUGCAGGCGCUCCACUUCCCCUUCUCCCUCCACGUCGCCUGCACAUCCCAUCAGCCCGGCCUCAGAGCCACUCCACACGAGCGAGCUCUGGACAGCAGACGAACACCUUAAAGUGAACAGACCACCCACUCAAAACGAGGAGAAGACAACCAGAGAGCUGACAUCAAGGUUUGAACCGAGCAGUCGUCUCUACACCAGAAAGCAAAGCCUAGAUUCUCAGUUAAUGUCAGGAAAUCAGACGAGGCAAGAUGCUGUGGGAGGCCAGUUUGGAAACCCUCCUCCACCCUUGCAGAUUUUAAAUAGAGAGGAUCAGCGAGAUGAUUUAUUCAUCUGGGACAGCUCUGUGUCUGGUGCCCACGGAGCUGAAAGAACCACAGGUUCAUCCCCCUCUGAAUCUCCUGCCACGGCCGGUCACGUCUCCCAUGUCCAUCUCACUCUGUCCCCGAAAGCAGCUGAUCCCAGCUUGGCCUCGGCUCUGAGCUCCAGUCGAGCUGGUGCAGCUACAGAGAUGCCACGUAGAGAAUUUGUUCUCCUCAGACACUCUCCAUCCACAGCCAGCAGCCCGGACGAAGGUGUGGGUCUGUCCAGUCCCCCAGAGUGGUACGAGACCGGAGAGCCGAGGGAAGAGCGGGGGCUUGAACGAGCCGACACCUCCACCCGGUUUAAAUCUGUGGUUCCUCGACGAAGAAUCACCUCCGCACCCAAACAAGCCUUCACACCACGUCCCAGAGCUGAAGUUUCCAAAAGGCCCUUAACCCACGAAUCAGCAGCGGUGCCUGUUCUGUUGCCUUACAAACCCCGCGGCAGUGAGGAGCUCUUCUACGUCCCUCAGCUAGAAGCUGACGUCUCCUCCACUGGGCACUCGGACACCACCAUGGAGAGCUCGCACACAGGCUCAGACGACGCCGUGGCCCCACGCUUCAGCAGUGAGGUCCUCGGGCACCAGGACCCGGGGCUGGACCGCGGCGUCACCAUCAGACACACGGAGGGCAUCUACAGCAAGAGGCUGAGAACGGCUAACUUCAAAAUGCAACAACCUGGACACAGAGAUUCCUCGGUGACGGCAAAUAAAAGCUCUCAAACGAGCGCAAACCGAACUUCACGCCCGUCCUCUCAGGUGUCGCUGGGCUUGACCAGAUUGUCUUCGUCAAACAACCCAGAAGCCCCGAAGAGAGACCAGGGAACCAGCCCGAUGCCGUUCACUCGUCACCAUCAGCCAGAGACGAACCGUGAGACAGUUCAGCCAGUUCACAUGGACCUGAGGUGUAGGACGAGUCAUCACCUGGACCAGAGCUCUGUCCCUCAAACAGGAGGACACCAGCACACGAGGGACGUCGCUCCCCCGGCCUCCCCACAGAGCAACAUCGGUCUGGACGAGCUGUGGCAGAGGUUCUGUGAUCGCUGGACCAUCGAGCAGUCUCGUCCAACCAGCGACCAAGAGGCGUCGCUGCUGCAGAGGCUGGAGCGUCUGUCCCGUCUCAUUCACAGCAGGAGGAGAACCAACGUGUCGGAGCUACAGGAGGAAAAUCAGAAGCUAGGGAGGAGGAGAGAAGACGCUGCGAGGGAAGAAAAGAGGCACAGCAACAGAGAGGAUGAUGGGAGUUUACACGAAGAGACAAAACCUCCCGUCCCUCAUCAGGCCCAGCGAACAUCUCAGCCUGCAGCGGAGAACAGUCGCACCUCCUUCUCCUCCAGUCUCUCCCACAGCUCCUCCCAGAGUCUGACCCUCAGUCCCGCAGACGGAGACGCGUCAGAGAGCUUGUCCACCGUGUCGGGCUCCAUGUCCAGCGUGGACACGGCCCGGCUGGUCCGAGUCUUCGGCGCACACAGAGUCAAGCACCUGAAAAGCGGCUCCAGCCUCGGUAAACUUUACAACACCAUCAACAAGCAGAAAGAAGGGAGGGAACAGAGGAGAGAGAGACACGGAGACCACCCGCACCUCAUCACGCCGUUAGAGACCACCGGCACCGGCGAGUCCUCUGUGCCGUUAGAGACCACCGGCACCGGCGAGUCCCCGGUGCCGUUAGAGACCACCGGCACCGGCGAGUCCUCAGUUGCUGCUGACUCUGCGUCGUCCACCAGCACCUACACCCCCCCAUCCCACCGCGGACCCUCCAACACUCUGGCAGCCAAGAAGACGGUGAAACUGCUCAGCAAAGGCAUCCAGACAGCUGGUGACCUGGAGAUCGUCAGAAACGCGACCCGGCGCCACACCAGAGACGUUGGAACCACGUUCCCCUCGCCUCAUGAAACCAGAGCGUCGAGGCAGAUUUCAUCUUCCUCACCCAGUGGAGAGAGAGGAAGAGGAGGGCAGAAGAAUCCCUCUAAGAUUCAGUCCUCACAGAAACAGAGGAAGAGCAAGCGGAGCCCAUCAAAGCUUUAUCCUGCAGGCGUCUCUUGGUUCAUCUCUGCUGACGACCUGCGCUCCGAGGCGAGGAAGGAGAACCAGCAGCAGGCGGAGGAGUCGGCACGGAGGCCGAGCACCGCCUGGUUUGAGCCGCACGGCAGAACCCAACCGUGGAGAGAACCGCUCAGACAGAGACAAGUCCACGAGGACAGAACCAUACACCACACGGAACCUGAUACCAGAACCAAGACGACGUCGUCUGGUCUCACACGCGUCUCUCUGCAGGAGGCGCUGGAGCUGUGGCGCCCGGGGUUCAUCUGUCGGUCCACGCAGAGGGUGAAGUGUCUGGCUCUGCAGGCGGAGGAGAGGAAGCUUCAGGCCGUCUUCAUCAGAGAGAGAGACGAGCUCUUCAGCCAGCCCAGAGGAGGGGGGGGGCCGCCGAGGCCUGCAGGCACCGCUCUGCUGAGGAGGGCUGUUCCCAGGAAGGAGAUGAUCCAGAGGUCCAAACUGAUCUAUGAGAAUCUGCCUGAGGUGCAGAGGAGGAGGGAGGAGGAACGGAGGAAAGCAGAAUACAGAUCUUACCGACUGAACGCACAACUCUACAACAAGAGAAUCACCACCCGUGUCCUGAGCAGACGAACAGCCUGGCAAUGAGCAACAUGUUUUUAAAAUCUUUGUAAGAAACAAAACGACCUAAAUCCACUUUUAUUUAUGAACCACAUUGUUACAGUUGGUAUUUUAUAGAUUAUGCUGAAAAGUAGAAUUCUACUCGUGAACGUAAGACGUGAUUUUAGUCGGUUUGACUGACGAAUGUGUGUAAAUGUGAAAAUAAACCAGGUUUUUCUUUAAA